UCCUCCCGGACAGAGUUUAGAGUGGCACUCGUUAUAUGACCUGAGAGACUAACGCCUGUUUUGAAGAAACCAAGAAACUCUCAAGAUGUCACAAGUCUGCGUGCAUUUAUCACGGUUUUCUUUAGGUCACAGUAUUUUUACAAGCCGAAGACACGCAAAUUUAAGACCAUGUGUCAGAAGGAUGCUGUCCGUGACAUCACCGCUUAAUGCAAAGCCCGGAAAACCUCCAGAUGAUGAUGAAGCAUCCAAACCCAUCCAGUUCUCAACCAGCAAAGCCAGCCACCGAACCUGGAGAGUGGACCGUUCAAUGGGCAGCACGUACCAGCGUCCCUGGUGGAAAGUUCUGCCCAUCAGCAUCAUUGGAGUGGGCUUCCUCGUCUGGUGCAUGUUCAGGAAAGAGAGCGAGAUCGACAAGUCUCUGGAGAAAAACCUCUAUGAACAUCUACCAGGACUGCAGUCCGAUGAAGAGCAGGAGGACGUCGGCAUCAAAAACAAACCAUCAUAGUGGCUUAAAAGGGACAUUUUCGAUUUGUAAUGUUUAUUUAUAGUUCAGAAGUAAACUUUCCUAGCGGAGGAUCAUCCAAUUGACUGUCCACACUCUGUGCUCUUGAAAGUGUUUUUUUAUUGAAAUGGAUCAUCUGCAGCUGGACUUAAAUCGAAGAUUGUAAAGUCAGCAGCAUUGUAUUGAAAGCAUAAUGUAAAAAAUUCUGAAUUGUAAUUGUGGGGUGACUGCUAGUUUAUAAAUAAUGUCAUCAGGGAACUAUUGUUGAACACU